AUUCCUCAUUCGUCACCCAAACCAGAUGGGUUUUUGUUUCUUUAUCCUUUCACACCUUCUUUUCUGUAUAAAUUAACCUAUCCCCUUCUCAUUUGUGUUCACAUCUCUUUUAGACAUUUCAACGAACACCUUCUGCUCACCUUUUUCAAUUCAUAUUUCACUUGUUUUAUAUACGAAAUCAGACCAUCAUAACCCGGAAGAAGAGGUUUCUGCUGAUUAUUCACAGUAUUAACCGAUACCCUUUUUCAUUUGCGUUCACAUCUCUUUCACGCAUUUCGUCGAACACCUGCUCUGCCCGUUACCCAAUUUCACAUUUCUGUUGCUCUAUUUAUGAAAUCAGACGAUCAUAACGCGGAAGAAGAGUUGUCUGGUGAUUAUUCAUUGUAUUACGGUUUGCUUCAACAAACAUUUGAUCAGAUGAAUGAUAAGGAAACUGAAAUUGUUAACAAUGAAGAACAGGGGAAUAAACAGGGGAACGUGAAGACAAAAGGGUUGAAGGAGAUUUUAUCGUCUUUAAUCCUGAUCGAAGAGCAGGAGAAAACGGAGAAGAUUGAGUGGGAAAAAGCCCAGGAAGAAGAUAAGAUGUUGCUUGAAGAAAAUUAUAAAAAACGAACGAAAGCGAUGAUGGAUUACCAGUCCGGACUGGUCCAGUUCGACGAGGAACUGGACCAGUCCAGCCGUGUUCGUAACCGCAAAUCUCGUGCGGUUACGAAUGCCGUGGUUGUUUCUGCAAUCGCGGCAGACUCCGAUAGUGGUCCAGCUUCGAAACCCACCGGUAAUACAGCGGGUUCCGGAGCUGGACCCCAACGGAGGUUAUGGGUGAAAAGUAGAUCAACAGACUGGUGGGAUAAAUGCAACAGUGCAGAUUUCCCAGAAGAAGAGUUUAAAAAAGCAUUUAGAAUGGGAAAAGACACAUUUGAGUUGAUAUGUAACGAGUUAACUUCGGCUGUUGCUAAAGAGAAUACUAUGUUACGUGACGCGGUACCGGUGAGACAACGUGUAGCGGUUUGCAUAUGGCGGUUAGCCACGGGUGAACCGCUACGCUUGGUGUCUCGCCGGUUCGGGUUAGGUAUAUCGACGUGUCACAAACUCGUGCUCGAGGUUUGUUCGGCGAUAAAAACUGUUUUGAUGCCGAAAUACCUUCAAUGGCCGGAUGACGAGUCGAUCCGGAUGAUUAAAGACGAGUUCGGGUCAGUUUCGGGUAUUCCGAAUGUGGUUGGGUCAAUGUACACAACUCAUAUACCUAUCAUAGCUCCUAAGAUUAGUGUGGCCGCUUAUUUUAAUAAGCGGCAUACGGAGCGAAACCAGAAGACGUCGUACUCGAUAACGGUUCAAGGGGUGGUGGACCCGCGAGGCGUGUUUACGGAUGUGUGUAUCGGGUGGCCCGGGUCGAUGCCGGAUGAUCAAGUGCUGGAGAAAUCGGCACUUUAUCAAAGGGCGAGUAAUGGGCUUUUGAAAGAUGUGUGGAUUGUGGGGAGUGCAGGGUACCCUUUGAUGGAUUGGGUGUUGGUACCCUACACACAGCCCCAUUUAACAUGGACACAACAUGCUUUUAAUGAGAAGAUUGGUGAGAUUCAACGGGUUGCGAGUGAUGCGUUUGCGCGGUUGAAAGGGAGAUGGGCUUGUUUACAGAAACGGACCGAGGUUAAGCUUCAAGAUUUGCCGGUUGUGUUAGGGGCGUGUUGUGUGUUGCAUAAUAUAUGUGAGUUGAGGAAUGAGGAAAUUGACCCGGAGUUGAUGAUUGAGCUUAUGGAUGAUGAAAUGGUGCCCGAGAUCGGGUUGAGAUCCGCAAUCGCGAUGAAGGCGAGGGACGCGAUUGCUCAUAAUCUUUUGCAUCAUAAUCAUGCUGGUACAUCUUUCUUGUCUUGAUUAGUAGAUGCAAAGUUGUGAUCAUGUGGUUACUUGAUUUGGUUUACUUUUGUUGUGAAUUAUGGUUAUAGGCAUUUUCUUACAGUUUUUGUCUGAUUGGGGGUUGUUAUAGAUAUAGAUAUAGAUGUAUAUUCCCCUUUGCAAGUAGAUCUAUAUUUGCUUUUUCAUACACAAAUUACUCAAUUGAGUUGAAAUCUUAUGAAUUGGUUACAUUCCUUGUUG